GACUCGAUUCGGAAUACUCUUCGCGCUUUCACUCAUUUGCAAGUCUUUGUAUACCAAUGGACAGACCUAUCUGUCUGUAAGUGGGACAGACCUUAGGCUGAACAAUGAGAAGGUCUUCAUGUCUGGUAUGAACCUAGCAUGGUACCAAUUCGGAAUGGACUUUGGAAAUGGAAGAUAUCAGAGUGAUACUAGAACUACUCUUAUUGGCUAUUUGGAUGAAAUCGCCAACUCUGGGGGAAAUUCAAUGAGGCUCUGGCUUCAUUGUGCGGGUGCAACAACGCCAGCUUUUGACAGCAAUGGUUUUGUGACCAACACAGACGCCCAGGGAACGAUGAUCGCUGACCUCAGUGAUUUCCUUGAUAGGGCACAGGAACGCAAUAUCUUACUAUUCAUCGUCUUAUGGAACGGAGCAAGACCACCUACAGACGAGAUGAAUGGUUUAAUUUUUGAUGUUGACAAAUUGGACUCUUAUAUUGACAAUGCACUGUCCCCGAUGGUAAGGGCUCUAAGUGGGAAACGGGCUCUUGGAGGAUGGGAAAUCAUGAACGAGCCAGAAGGAAUGAUGCAAGCUGACAGGGUACAUCCUAGCCAGUGCUUCGAUACCCGACGUAUGCGUGGCUCUGGUAUGGGUUGGGUCAACACAAACACUCCUACGGAAGAUAUGAUGCGCUUCAUCUCAAGACAGACGGCUGCGAUACACAGAUCUGACUCAAAGGCCUUGGUGACAGUUGGAUCAUGGUCGGAAAAAUCCCAAAAUGACGCUUAUCCCGAUUCACAAGAUUACUAUACCGAUAUUUGCAUGUUUGAAGCCAGCAAUGGGGAUUUAGAUGCUUACAUUGAUUUCUAUCAAAUGCAUACGUAUACGUGGCAGGGUAGGUAUGCCGCUAACUCACCGUUUAAAGUCCAUGGUGAUACGUACAAUCUCGGGAAGCCUAACGUCAUCGGAGAGUUCAGCGAGGCGGGAAGUGAGGCACGUAAUAUCACGCACAACAUGAACUACGCCUAUUACUAUGGCUACAAUGGUGCGUGGACCUGGCACGCGGUGGCAACUGGCGACCAUACGGAUGAUCUGGCUACACAAAAGAGAGGGCUAGAGUGGCUCAGGAACAGAAAUGACCAAGCCAAGGGAGGAAGAGUUAAUAUCGAUAUCAGGAAUAAUUGAUUCAAAUGUUGUAUUUCUGAAAACUGAAAUAAAAAAAUCGGUUAUGAACCAUCCCA